AUGCCCAUGGACCCACGAACCAGGUUGCGCAAGGCCUGCGAUGCCUGCAGUAUUCGGAAAGUGAAGUGUGACACUAGCGGUCCGCCCUGUCGGUCGUGCGCAAGCUUGGAUAUCCCCUGCACUUAUGAGCGACCGAGUCGACGUCGCGGCCCUCCCAAUCGUCAUGCAGAAGCCUUCAAGAAGCAAAAGCUGGGCCCUUCUCCAGCUGCCUCCCCAAGCCCUUCAGAUCAACCUUCACCUGUCCGACCAGCAUCGACAGUGUCUGUCGGAAACAGCAGCUCCUCCGCAUCCUUCCCGUCAUCUGUAGAAUCAAUAUGCCCGUUUUCCACAGUGCGACUGUUGAUCGACGACUACUUUACGUACAUCCACCCUCUGAUCCCGAUCCCCCACGAGCCCACGUUUCGGGCGGCCCUUGACAGAAGAGAAGACCUUACCAAUCGUACGUUCUUGGCCCUCACGGCCUCUAUGAUCGGCACGCUUGUGGCUUCGUUCCCUCGUCGGCCCAAGCUGCACUUGAAAACGGAGGCCGAGAGGGCGGCGUUCCCUCACUCGAUGGCCAUGGUCAAGAAAUGUCGCGAUGUUGCUGUGCAAGCACGAGGCCUGGGAUACCUUGAUCGAAGCGCCACCGUUUACGACGCGGCCAUCAGUUAUUUCCUGGGGAUAUGUUCGGGCUAUAUGUACAGCAUGCGUCGGUGCCGAACCUACUUUGCUGAAUGCUUAACGAUGUUACAUGUCUAUGACUUGUGUCGUCCGUCCCGUCGACUGUCCUCUUCUUGUGCAACCAGUCCCAAUUCUGCCUCCUCGCCACUAUCGCUUGACCAAGUAGGUGCAACGGGGGAGGCUCCGGUCGAUCUGAUUGGACAGGAACUCGGCCGACGUCUGUUCUACACCACUUUAGUCGGAUACCGAACUCUGCAGCAGUUGGGCUCGACAGACACCACCUUUCACGUCCCCCCAGAAACCCCGACGGAUCGGUAUCCCCCUCUCCCGCUCGAGGUCGACGAUGAAUACAUCUUUUCUACCCACGUGGAACCCCAGCCUGCCCAUCGAGUCUCCCGUCUCGUGGGGUUCAACGCCAACGUUCGAGUGUACAAUUCGUACAAUUCACUCUCCGCAUGGGAAAUCGCCUUCGGGAGCGGUCAGAUCUACGAUUGGGAACGACAAAGGACAAUAAUCUGGGAUUGUUUACAGAAAGCCAAGUCCGCACUGGAUGGGAUCUCCCAAGAACUGGCGCUACACCGGACUCCGGCCUCCUCUCCAUCAAGACGUGAAUCGACCCUGGCAACCUUCCCCAUUGCAGCAGAUCCGAAUCUAGUUGAGCGCCAUUACAUUCAGUACGAGAUUCAGAAGGCCAACAUCUAUGCAAGUCAGCUGGGAACGCGGUCCUACUUGGUAGAAAAAUACUGGAGUCUCUACGGGGCCUGGCAGAGAUACCAAAUUCCGGCAGACCAACGACAACACUCCAAAAGCCCGUUGCCAAUCAAGGUGGAGGGCGAGCGACCCAACCCUAACCGGGCUCCUAGCUCAGAUGCUCAACUGGAUGGUCUCGGAAAGAUCAUGGCGGAAGAACGCCGGCUCGUGAUCCGCGAUCUUUCUGUGCUAUUGCGAUCCGUAAAUGAAGUUAACAUGGAGCCCAACGGCGCCAGUUUUUCUAGCAAAGUUCGCCAAGUUGCGUCAACUCUUCUAAAUCCUCCCAAUCCAAGCACGGAUGCAUCAACACCCUCCACCACCGUAGCCGCCGGUCCACAACCUCUCACCCUCGCCGAAACCGAAUCAUACCUCCACGCUUUCAUCGACACUCUGGUCCGACUAGAGGGCCUAGCCGCCCCGACGCCCGGUGUCACUAGCGCCAGCCCCCCCGUAAAGGGCCGCUCAAUGAGCUACCUCAGCGACAACGAACGCGACGAAGAGGAGCUCCGCCAAUGGGCCAGUCUUAAAGAAUACCAAGUCAAAUUCGCCGAAGGGGGUGGCCUUUUCACCGAGUUAUGA